AAUGCCGAGAAGGAGAGCAGAGUGCACCAAAGGAAUGGAUGAAGACAUCAAGGAAACAGAGGAGGAAGAGAAAGGUGGAGCGGACCCAGAUGGAGAAAGGGCGAGUUCAGAGGCUGGAGCAAGCGUACCUGCUGCAUCUGGGUUUGGUGGGCUGAGGCUGGAGGGGAUGGUGGGUAUGACUGAAGAAGACUCUGACGGAGAAGGAGACAUCUCACCCACCGGCGAUGGAGUCGGAGACACUGAAGAUAAGGGAGGCUCUGGCCAUGAUGCAGGCGCCGCUGAUAUGGCUGAUAACUGAAUCUUUAUGGACUCGGAAGCUGAAGCAAGUACAAAGAAA